AUGGCUGAUCACGCCUACGUGGAGCACUUGACGCCGCUGGACCUGCCUAUGCCCAGGACCUACAUUCGGGUUCUCUUCGUUUUCCCAACGGCGAUUUCAACUCCCAAAACCACGCAGGAACUCCAGCGCGGCCUCGAGAAUAUUUCGAAUCAAGUGCCUUGGGUCGCCGGACAUGUCUUUCAUACUACUUCAACCAAUGGGAAAGCGUCUCUUGAAAUCCGAUACCAUGCAGACAAGAUACCGAUCCUAGAAGAUAAAGGCCAGAUAACGGCCUCAUACUCCAAUCUCUCUUCGCAAGAUAUGCCCAUGAAAGCCAUCCCAUCUGACGUGUGGCCAACACUCCCAGACCUGUUCGGUAACAUCCCUUCAGAGACAGGGGACCCAGUUCUCGCUGCCAGCGUCUUCCGCUUCGCAGAUCAUGGGGCCGGAUUAUGCAUCUGCUUGCAUCACACUGCUGUCGAUGUAACUGGAUUCGCUGAAGUUGUUCGACUAUGGGCUAGAAAUGUUAUCCAACCAGACCAGACAGAUUCCUCUUGCUUGCCACAAGGAAGUGGUGGUAGGCUCAUGCGGCUUUCCGAAGCUCUCGCACCUGAUCUGCAGGAAAUCUCAUCGCUUUCAUCGGAUCGUCUCCUCGCACUACACCCGGAACACUCUACACAACCACCCGUCCUACCGGAUACGUUUCCGCCAUGCAUGUCCAAACCAUUUAAGGUCCCGCUUCACUGGAUCAAUGUGCUCAAAGAACUCCUUCAGAAAUACACACGGCGUCGAUUGACCACCAACGUUAUCCUCUGCGCGCUCAUAUGGACAUCAGUCACUCGUGUGCGAGCCCAACGCAAUCCCGCUCUCAAAGUUCAAACAAGUCGCUUAGUGACAGCUGUUAACUGCCGAUCGCGUAUCACUGGAAAUUUGAAGUCUGUGCCUGGGGAUCAGCAGUACUUGGGUAACGUUGUGCUCUACGCCAUGGCAAGCUUCCCAGCUGCUAACCUCGCCACGGCCGAUGAGGAUCCAAUACGCUCGCUGGCAACGAUAUGCGACUGUAUCUCAAAUUCGCAGUCGUCCUCAACGAUAAACUCGCGCCAUAUUGCUGAAACCUACCGGCUUGUGGAUUCCAUGGAAGAUUAUAGGUCUCUUUAUGCAGGUUGGGACUUGUUCGGGUCUCGUGAUUUUACCAUUACAAGUUGGGCAGAUUUGGAUCUUCAUAAUUUGGAUUUUGGGCCUCUGCUUGGAAAGCCGGAGUUUGUUAGACUGCCCUAUAUGGAGGCGGAUGGUGUAGCUAUUAUUCUACCCCGUCGGAGGUCGGGCCCUGAUGAAAUUCUCCAAGUGAUGGUUAUGCUGCGGUGUGAUGAUAUGGAGUCCUUGGAAGGAGAUGGUAUGUGGCAGACGCUAGUUGGUAGUAGUAGGAGUUUCGAUGCUUGA